AUGGCCGUCGCAUUCAAGUACCACGCCAAAGCGCAAUCCACCUUCGAGCCACCGCUCAUUGCGAAUGAGAAUGCCUUCUUGGGGGAUGUGGAUUCGAGUGACAGCUACAACCCCGAUAAGCCCAUGUCCGCCGGAUUCUACCGGCUCGAGAAAGGCACCCCGCUGGUGUACGAGUACACCUACGACGAGAUGAAGAUCAUCCUAGAAGGGAAGUUCGAGAUCUCCGACGAGACGGGCCAGAAGGUGACGGCGACGCCGGGCGACGUGUUUCAUUUCCCGAAGGGGACGAAGGUGACAUUUACGACGCCGUCGUAUGGGCUGGCAUUUUACACGGGACAACGGGCCAAGGGCGCUGCUUGAGACAGCCCAGUUUGGAGGGGAUGGGAGGGGUAGAUCUAGCCUGGAUCAGCCUGG